UUGGAAGAGAGAGAGGGAGGUUUUAAUUAGGGUUUUAGGUCUUCAGCUCCCUAAAGCCUUGCUCCCCAAUCUACCGACUUCAAUGGCGCCUGCUACUUCUACUUAUCUUCACAAAUGAUCGCAUACUUUCCACCGAAUUCCUUUCCUAAUCCUCCAAAAUGAAGCCGAUUUAUCCGAGGCCGAUUCUCACCCUCUCCAUUCUCACCGCCUCGAGCCUCAAACCGGCCAAAAUCCCCAAUAUUGCGGCGUACUCCACCUCGCCGGGCCACCACCACCAGCGGCGGCAGGAGGAGGAGAGCCGCGCCGUACGGGUCUCGGUCUGGUGGGACUUCGAGAACUGCCAUGUUCCGGUGAACGGAAACGCCUUCAGGGUGGCGCAGAGCAUUACGAAUGCGAUUAGGGCUAAUGGGAUUAAGGGCCCCAUUGAGAUCACGGCUUUUGGAGAUGUAAUGCAGAUUUCGAGGACUAAUCAGGAAGCUCUCUCAGCUACUGGGAUUAAUCUCACACAUGUUCCUUCCGUCGUAGGUGGCAAGAACAGUGCAGAUAGAUCUCUUCUUGUGGAUCUUAUGUACUGGGUUUCCAAGAAUCCUCCACCCGCACACCUUCUGUUGAUAUCUGGGGACAGAGACUUUGCAGGCAUUUUACAUCGGCUUAGGAUGAGCAAUUACAAUAUCUUACUGGCUAGUCCCGAUAGUGCCCCAAGUGUGCUAUGCAGUGCUGCAACUAUUAUGUGGCAUUGGAGUUCUUUGCUCAAGGGAGAGGACCUGUCAGGGAAGCUCUUCAACCAGCCUCCCGAUGGCCCAUAUAAUUCUUGGUAUGGUCAUUACAAGGCUCCUCUUGUGGACCCGUUUGCAGUUACGGAACUGUCCACAUGCUCGAGUGCCGUUGAAUCAUCUCUAUUGGCUUCCGAGCCCAAGCUUCUGCCGACUUCAGAGCCAAAGCUUCGACCAAUUCCAAAAUCAGUACUGAAUUAUAUAUCUCGGGUUCUUAACUCGAAUCCUGAAGGAAUCAGUAUCACCCAUCUUCGUGCUGAAUUAGCUAAGAGUAAUGUGGACAGAGACCUUUACGGAUAUAGAAAGUUCUCUCGUUUUCUUUCAGCAAUGCCUCAUAUUUUGGAGCUUCACAGAGGAGAUGAUGGGAACAUUGUGGUCCGACGUGUCAACACCAAAUUUUCUGAUGAAUUAGUUUUAGCUGCAUCUGAGGAAUCGAGGACAAGCAAUGGAGAGUUUGAAGUUUGCACUGAUACUAAAAGUAAUAACAAGACAAACUCAUGUGACGACAUAGUACAUAAUUCAACAGCUGGUGAAGUUCCAGGUCCUAAAGUGACAGCAGAGUUAACAAAUUCGCAUGAAGCCCCAAAGAUGGAAAAGCAAAAUGACUCUUCUGUAUCACUAAAGAUGCAUAAUGUUAAAAUGGAAGCUCGUGCAGCAAAUGUGCAUCUGAAUAAGGAAAACAAUAAAAAAGCAUUGCUACCUAAGAGAAGCAUACAAGAGAUACUAGCAGAUAGGAAGGUUAAACUGAAGACUCAACCAUCUACAAAUGAGGCUACUCCAGCUACUCCAACGGUUGAGGUCAAGGACUUGUCUGAAAAUAAUGAGAAUGACAUGGUUGUUCGUAGUCCUGCUGCUGAAUAUGGAUUCUUCAGAAGGAUGUGGAUGAAGUUGUUUGGGAAUAGAGACGCGAAGCAUGGCAAAGCAUUGAGUGGGAAGGAUACUGAUACACAGAAAACUGUGAUGCUAUGUCAAUCAACAGAAGCAUUACGUCCAGCCUUGUUUUCUCCUUCGAGCCAUGAAGCUGUGGUGGAUGGAAAAGUUUCUCCGAGUGGUGGCGCCGCCUCUGACACAUCCCUUCAUGAUUCAAGCUUGAGUUGGUUUAAGUUUUGGAGUUCCCCAAAGGUUGAUGAUAAUAUCGAAGUAAAUGGAGAGAUAGCUGAUCAUCCUCAGGUAAACAUUAAUCAACUUGGUGAAAAUAAAGUAGAAAAUGAUGGUGAAGCAGCUCAUGUUAAAGUGAAGUCCAAGCAGCUUGAACUUUUUGCCAAAGAGUCAUUUUGGAAUGAAAUGGAGUCAUUCAUUGGUACAUCCCAAGGUUCAAACACAUUUUCCAAGUCAAGGACCAGGGAGAGUUUGGCGCAAAAUUUACAAAAACAGGGACCUAUGGCUCUGAGAUCAGUUUCCAUAAGCGAUCUUCUGCAACUAAUUGACUUGUUGAUCUCGGACAAGAAGUGGUUGGAGGAGCGUGACGAUGCUAGAUAUCCUUUCAGAGUUACUCAUCCAGCAGGGAAACCUGUACAAAACAAGCUUCCUUCAAGUAACGGGUUGAGUCAUAUCUUCUCAGACAGACAGCCACAUGUACAAGAAUCCAAAGAGAGGAACUCUCAAAAUCUUCCUCAUACUGGAGUUCCACAACAUAUACCCAGAGCCUCGUCAAGCAAGUUAAAGACUGAGGUAUUGACCGAUUGCAAGAAGCUUGUUGAUGAGAUAGUAAAGGAACAUCCAGAAGGGUUCAACAUUGGUGGCUUUAGGAAACUAUUCUUCGAAAAAUAUGGUUAUGCUCUUGACCUCCAGAAGCUUGGCCAUGAAAAGUUUGCGACUCUUUUGAAGGUCAUGCCUGGGGCAGUGGUGGUGUCCAAUUUGAUCUUACCACGUGCUGCUCUCAAGAAUCUUAACCUUCAAAAUGCUGGUCAGGUUGGCCCUGUGGAUGAUUCGGAUGGUGAUUCCUUGAUUACAUCAAAACAAGACGAAGAAAGUGACUCUUGGGAUGAACUGGGUCCUCCUGAUACUUCAGGCUCCGAAAAAGAUGAAAUGGAUGCAAAACUGACUGACAGAAGUCGAAAGGGAACAGAUCAGAGGCUUACAUUCUAUGAGCCUUUGAGAGAGGAUGACUUCUCCGAUUCAGAAGACGAGAUGUCCUACACUAGGUCAGAAGACGAAAGCAAGUCUAAAAUGCCAUCAGAAAGUGCCCUGCUUGACAUUCUAGAUUCGUGGCACGGCCAGAAACAAGGCAAUGCCAAGAGGGACGGAUCAACGAGCAAGAACAGCGCGAUAAACGUUGUGGAAAGUGGUUCAAAUCUUUCUACAAAUGGAUCCGAGGUUUCUAAACCCACUCGUAAGCCCAAAUCUCAAAAGAGCUAUUCAUUUGUUAAAGAAGUUGAUGGCAAAGACAAGCUGAUUAAUGGUAUAUUAGGUAGCUUGAACAAAUCCAGUGAGAAGUCUGAUGAUUCCAAGGUCAUGAGCUGAACCAGUCGAACAGAUUAUGCACACGAUAAACAUGGUUACCUGCGCGCAUCACUUUCAGUACCUUCAAGUAGGGGGGCACAUUUCUGCAAGAGCUAGUCGGGCUUCAUUUCAUUGCAGCGUAUCUGUUAGAGGGAAAGCUGGCGUCAAUGACGUCUGGUGGUGAACGGUCCCUGGCCCGGGUACCAUCUUGGUUAGAGACAUGGUAGCCUAGAAUAAGCAGGUCUAUUGUGAGAAACUGCAUGAAGUAAUUAUGCAACUUCAGAAAAAGGCCAAUCAAUAUAUAUUAGUGUAUGUUUCUUUAACAUUUUGACAACAUGAAGUUAGAAUCUAUCCAUCCAUCUUCUUUUA